AUGGAAACAAGGAUCAAUAUAUUGGCAACAUGUGUUGAUGAUGUUUAUGAUGCUUAUGGUACCAUGGAUGAACUCCAACUUUUCACCAAUGCCACUGACAGAUGGGAUGUCAAUGCAGCUGAACAACUUCCAGACUAUAUGAAGAUAUGCUUCCUUGGUUUAUUCCAUACCAUUAAUGAAAUGGCUUAUGCCACUCUUAAGGAACAUGGCGUCCAUAUCCUCCCAUACCUUAAAAAUAAGUGGCGAGAUUUAUGUGAAUGCUACAUGAAGGAAGCAAGAUGGUCUUACAGUGGAUGCAUGCCAACACUUGAAGAGUACCUUGACCAUGCAUGGACUUCAUCCUCUAUUCCUACAUUACUAACACAUGCUUAUUUUCUAAGUACAAAUGCCAUAACCAAAGAGGAGUUGGAAUGCAUAGAAAAGUGCGAUGACAUAAUUAAGUGGUCAUCAAUGGUUGCAAGACUUGCAGAUGAUUUGGGAACAUCAUGGGAUGAGGUAAAACGAGGUGACAUUCCUAAAUCAAUCCAAAUUUACAUGCACGAAACUAAUGUUUCUGCAGAAGAUGCCAAAGAACACAUAAACUAUUUGAUUAGUGAGGCAUGGAAGAAGAUCAAUGAAGCUCAUGUUGUGGACUCUUCUAUCAAUGGCACUUUUGUUGAGAUUGUAACAAACAUGGCUAGGGUUUCCCAAUUCAUGUACCAACAUGGAGAUGGCCAUGGACAUGAUAUUGGAGGGAAGAACAAAGAACGUGUCACUUCAUUGCUCAUUAAGCCCAUUCCCCUUAAAUAG